CCCCUGUCCCAGGACGCCAUGGAGAUGGCUUUUCGAGGCAGCCGCCGAGUCCUCUGUGUGGCCGAAAAGAACGACGCAGCCAAAGGCAUAGCGGAUCUUCUCUCUGGCAGCAGGAUGCGGAGGAGAGAAGGACUGUCCAAAUUCAAUAAGAUCUAUGAGUUUGACUAUCAACUCUUUGGCCAGAAUGUAACCAUGGUAAUGACUUCUGUUUCUGGACAUUUGCUUGCUCAUGAUUUCCAGAUGCCAUUUCGAAAAUGGCAAAGCUGCAACCCUCUUGUACUUUUUGAAGCUCAAAUUGAAAAAUACUGCCCAGAGAACUUUGUAGAUAUCAAGAGAACUUUGGAGAAAGAGGUCCAACAGUGCCAAUCUCUGGUAAUCUGGACUGAUUGUGAUCGAGAGGGAGAGAACAUUGGGUUUGAAAUCAUCCAUGUAUGCAAAGCUGUGAAACCAAAUCUUCGAGUGUUUAGAGCCCGCUUCUCUGAAAUCACUGCACAUGCAGUCAAGACAGCCUGUCAGCACUUGACUGAACCUGAUCAGAGAGUGAGUGAUGCUGUGGAUGUCAGACAGGAAUUAGACCUGAGGAUAGGUGCUGCCUUCACAAGGUUCCAGACCUUAAGACUUCAGAAAAUCUUUCCAGAAGUGUUGGCAGAGCAGCUCAUUAGUUAUGGUAGCUGUCAGUUCCCAACCUUGGGAUUUGUAGUAGAAAGAUUCAAAGCCAUCCAAGCUUUUGUGCCAGAGACCUUCCACAAAAUUAAAGUGACUCAUGAGCAUGAAGAGGGGCUUGUGGACUUCAGUUGGAAAAGACAUCGUCUCUUUAACCACACAGCAUGUCUUGUCCUUUAUCAGAUCUGCAUGGAGGAUCCAGUAGCCACAGUAGUAGAAGUUGGAUCUAAGCCAAAGAGCAGAUGGAGGCCCCAGCCUUUGGAUACUGUGGAACUUGAGAAAUUGGCUUCUCGAAAAUUGAAGAUAAAUGCCAAAGAAACUAUGAAAAUUGCUGAAAAACUCUAUACUCAGGGGUAUAUCAGCUAUCCUCGAACUGAGACAAAUAUUUUCCCCAAAGACUUAAACCUGACGGCUUUGGUGCAGCAGCAGAUACAUGACGAACAAUGGGGAGCCUUUGCUCAGAGAAUUCUAGAUAGGGGUGGCCCUUCUCCACGUAAUGGGAAAAAAUCUGAUCAAGCUCAUCCUCCCAUUCACCCCACUAAAUACGCUUGUAACCUGCAGGGAAAUGAACAACGACUGUAUGAGUUUAUUGUGCGUCAUUUCCUGGCUUGUUGCUCUGAGGAUGCUCAGGGACAGGAAACAACUGUAGAGAUUGAUAUUGCUCAAGAACGCUUCGUUGCUCAUGGUCUUAUGAUUCUGGCCAAAAACUAUCUGGAAGUUUAUAUAUAUGAUAAAUGGAGUGACAAGGUCAUUCCCGUCUAUGAGAAAGGCUCCCGUUUCCAGCCAACCACAGUGGAAAUGGUGGAUGGCGAGACCAGCCCGCCCCAGCUCCUCACCGAAGCAGAUCUUAUCGCCCUCAUGGAGAAGCACGGCAUCGGGACGGAUGCAACUCAUGCAGAACACAUAGAAACCAUCAAGUCACGGAUGUAUGUAGGACUCACCCCUGACAAACGAUUCCUCCCUGGACAUUUGGGCAUGGGACUGGUGGAAGGUUAUGAUUCCAUGGGCUAUGAGAUGUCUAAGCCUGACCUCCGGGCUGAGCUAGAAGCUGACCUGAAACUUAUUUGUGAGGGGAAAAAGGAUAAGCAUGUGGUCCUGAGGCAGCAGAUCCAGAAAUAUAAGCAAGUUUUUAUUGAAGCUGUGGCCCAUGCCAACAAGUUGGACGAAGCAUUGUCUCAGUAUUUUGGGGAAAUGACUGCAGCAGUCGGACAAGAGGAAAUGUACCCAGCAAUGCCAGAGACUAUCAGGAAAUGUCCACAGUGUAACAAAGACAUGGUGCUCAAGAGAAGGAAGAAUGGCGGAUUCUACCUCAGCUGCAUGGGCUAUCCAGACUGCCGAAAAGCUGUCUGGUUUCCAGAUUCUGUUCUAGAAGCCAGUAAGGACGAGAGUGUGUGUCCAGUCUGCAAACCACAUCCUGUUUACAGGUUGAAAUUAAAGUUUAAGCGAGGAAGUGUCCCUCCCACCAUGCCUCUAGAGUUUGUUGGCUGCAUCGGGGGUUGUGAUGAGACCCUGAUGCAGAUCCUGGACCUGAGAUAUUCCAACGGCCCCUCCAGAGCUCCACAGCCUAUGGGCCGGCCCACCAACCAUUUACAGAACAACCAGUCACUGAACAGGAUGGGCAAUACCCAGGGCAGUUACUCCAUUUCUCCCCCGGAAAGACAAACUGGUCCCCCUAAUCUCUCAGCCAGGACACUUGUGCCCCAAGCAGCCGCCAGUGAGAAUCACAACACUGUGAUGUGUAACUGUGGCCAAGAGGCCUUGCUGCUCACUGUCCGCAAGGAAGGGCCCAAUCAGGGCAGGCUCUUCUACAAGUGCAACACGGGCAGUUGCAACUUCUUCCUGUGGGCUGACAUUCAGCAAAGAUCAGAAACAGCUCCUUCUUCAAGAGCAACGACUCCCAGUCAUUUCCAGAGGAAUGCCACAAAUCCAGGAGGAAGGCAAGAAGGGUUUGGAAACCAGGGCAGCAGCAGCAGCGGUGCCACAUGCAUGUGCAACCAACCUGCCAUCACACGGACGGUGCAGAAAGAGGGGCCCAACAAGGGACGGCAAUUCCACACAUGCUCCAAACCCCGGGAGCAUCAGUGUGGCUUCUUUCAGUGGGCUGAUGAAAACAUGGCACCAGGAACUUCUGGAGCGGUUUGGUUUGGGGGGAGAGGUCAGGUCCAAGAGUCAGAAGCCAGAAGCAAAAGACCUAGAAAUAACUCAAACACUGAGCCCACCACAAAGAAAAUACGGAAAUGUGGCCUCUGCCACCAGCCUGGACACAAUCGCACCUCCUGCCCUCAGAGCAGAUGACUGGACUGAGGCAAAGGAAGGGCGAAACAGCAACUUGUUACAUUCUCUGGCUGUCUUACUGCUUCUGCCGAGGGAAAUUAAAGAGUUGUUUAAAAAGCAGCAGCAAGAUGCCCCCCAAGGAACUGUGGUUUGCAGGACCCCAGAAUAGGCCUGGGAUGCACCAGAUUAACCAGCCUGCUGUCUGAUAAAAGAAGGACCCCAGAGCCAUUUAGGGCAUGCUGUGCAGAAGCAGAGAAGGCAACGCCUACCCAGAUAGUCCUGCCUACAGCCAUUACCCUGCAAAAUGAACAAUUCACUGAAGGCGGUCUCUACAGUAGCUGAGAAAAUCCAUUCCUGAACUGCAGAGAAGGUGGUUAACAGGCAAAGGGAUGUUGGAAUGCAAAGCACCGGAGCCUCGAGGUUCUUGGCUUACAUAUACACGUCUCCCUGAGAAGCCAGCCACGGGUGAGAAAUGCUCAGGAUAAAAUUGAGUCAGUGCCGUGAGUUCUGGGCCUGCCUGGACCUCCAGAGUGCUCAUGGAUGAACCUUUUCUUUUCUUUGAGUUCCUACAGAUUAUCCUUCCAAAUAAUAAGUUAUAGGAAAUGCGUUGAGAAAGUGGAGUUUGGUUUAAAAAGCUGCUGCUUGUUCUGAAAUUUUAUCAUUGGAAGAAUUUGUAUUUUUCUAGUCCAGUCUAGCUGUGGGGACCCAACGUGUGCCUUAAUAAAAGGAAAUUCCACCUCUUAACCCCUGCA